AUGGCUGCAACGAAAGUCCCUGACGAGAUAUUCCCAAUCGCAACAUUUAUUUCAGACCUACCGACAAAUCUCAUUCCGCAGCCCCUCCUAUCAUCUUCCGAAAAUAGCCGACGCUUGGUUAUUGUAGGCGAUGUACAUGGGAUGAGAAAGUCGUUGGAGGCACUCCUAGACAAAGUUGGCUUCGACAAACACAGAGGAGAUCAUCUUAUACUAGCUGGCGACCUAGUCAACAAGGGGCCCGAUAGUCCUGGUGUUAUUGACCUGGCUAUCAAGCUAGGCGCCAGUGCAGUGAGAGGCAACCACGACAAUGCGGUUCUUAAUGCGGCCGCAGAGAUCAACGUCACGGGGCGUAGUCGACUACACUCUGAAGUUUUGACCAAGGCUUCAGUCGUACCUGGGAACUCUGAAGCGGAGCUGCCUGGGAAUACUGUCCGAGAUUUGAAGACUCCUGACAAAUGUGCGUCUGCAACAGCCGGCAUUGAUAUGAGAUAUAGUGCAACAGCGCACGGUACGGCAUUAUCACUUUCGACGCUCCAACUCGACUGGCUUGCCGCUUUGCCUUUAAUCCUGCGCGUCGAGCUACCUCAUAGCCUAACAUCCCCCUUUGGCGAUACUUUAAUUGUCGUACACGCGGGUCUCGUUCCUAGUGUCCCGCUUGAAGACCAGGAUCCACACGCUAUAAUGCAUAUGCGAAGCCUCGUCCGCACGAUGGCUGAUGAGGCUGAGUUUAUACCGGCUGAGAUUCCCGGAGAAGAAAGCUGGGUUAUGCAAUGGGACCGGUGGCAAGAUCAGCUAGCAUCCAAGACUACGGUGAUUUUCGGACAUGAUGCAAAGCGUCGUUUGCAGCUUGGCAGGUUUACGAUUGGACUGGAUUCAGCAUGCUUAUACGGCCAUCAGUUAAGCGCGAUUGUGAUUGGGGUUUCCGACAAGGAAAUAGAGCAUCAGAUUAUUCAAGUUGAAUGUGCUGAUGCGCCUGCCGUCCCAACAAUAUGA